GGCCCCACAAAAACAAAAUUAAAAACUCCUGAACGAAUUUUUAAAAUAUAAUAUUUCAGUUGAACGCAAUAUCUAUGAAAACAUUAUUCCUCAAUAACUUUCGAGACAUGCUAUAAAAACGUGGUAAAAAGUAUAUACUUCAAAAACUGUGAGAUAUUAAGAUACAAAAUUCAAUUUAAUAAUGACUCCGUUUUAGAAACCAGUUGCUCAUCUAGGCCGACCUAUAAAAAUAUUCGAAAAUCGGAAAAACAAUCACACAAAUUUGUUUCUCUAAAACAUACGAUCGGGAAUCGUUUUCAAACAAAUCUUAAUAUGUGCACUGUACACUGACUCCUUUUGGGCAAGAAAAAACUGUUGCACAUUGGUAGAAAUGGAUUUACGGAAGUGUGGAAUACGAUUUGAUUCCCCAGCUAUUGUCAUCACAUAUAUCAAAAAGGAUUCUGGGAAAUUACAUCGCAGGACAAUGCCAUUACGGAAUUUCAAUAAACAUUCAAAUAUUAAAAAGACAACUGAAGAAUUGAAAAACAACCCCCGUCAUAAGCAGUACCUCGAAAAAAUAAGUAUAAUUCAGUUGGAAAAACUCAUUGGAAUUAUACAAGAUAAAUUAAAAGGAAUAUCUCUAAAGAAAAGUUUAGAAACACACAAACAGCUGGAAACUGUUGAUCCUUCUGAAGACCUCAAUAAGGUUGAUGAUGAAACUUUGCGCAUCAAAAAAGCUGUAAUGGAUACAACUUUUGAGAAAAAUCGAAAAAAAGCUGAUGACCCUGAUUUUCAAUAUGAUCUUGAGGUUGAUUUUGAGAAAGAUAAUGCCAUGGAAACUAUUGAGUGGGAUGAUGAAUCAGACCCAGACUUUUAAUAAGUUGCAUACAACAAUUCAGUGCUUAUGUUUUAAAUCAAUUUAAUCCUGACCUGGACAGUUUUGUUCCUUUUAGCAUUUUUUGAGAAUGAAAUAAAAUAUCUUUCCGAAGCUUGUUUGAACAAAAUAGCAUAUACAACAUUUUCUUAGACUUCCUAAUAUUAUUAUAGUUGUACAAAGGAAAUUUUGGUUGAUUUAACAAAAAGUAUUCAAAAAAUUAAAACAAAAACCCCCGAAAUAGACAAAAACUAAGAUAAACCUUUAAUUUCAUUAAC